AGAUCACGUACAAUACACGUCACUGUGUUUGCCAGUAAAGGAGAAACAUUAUAAGAAUAUCUGACAAAAUCAGUUGCUGAACAAGAAAAUGUCUGACAAGACCGAGAACCAAACUUUAGAGCUUCCUGAUGCACACGGAGGUAAUGUUAAGCCUGAAAUCACACUUAAUACUGAACAAACAAAUUAUCUGGGUUUAAAGAGCCAACUGGAAGCUGUGAAGCAGGAAAUCAGUAACAAUAUCAGUACAGGUAGAGUCACAAACUGCAGUUAUCCUUGUCAUGGUCAGCAUGCUGAUGCUUCUGUCAAUCUUUUUCAAAAUCAAGGAAGUCACACAAGACAUUUAUGUUCUGAAUGUGGGAAAUGUUUUACCAGGAAAUCAAAUCUUAUUAUACAUCAGAAAAAUCAUACAAGAGAGAAAGCGUAUUCAUGUUCUGAAUGUGGGAAAUGCUUUACUCUAAAAUCAUCUCUUUUUAAACAUCAGAAAAUUCAUACAGGAGAGAAAGCAUUUUCGUGUUCUGAAUGUGGGAAAUGUUUUACACAGAAAACAAACCUUGUUACUCAUUUAACAAGUCACACAGGAGAGAAAGCAUUUUCAUGUUCUGAAUGUGGAAAAUGUUUUACUCGGAAAUCAAAUCUGAUUAAACAUCAGAGAAUUCAUACAAAAGAGAGUGAAGCAGUCUCAUGUGGUGAAUGUGGGAAAUGUUCUACCCAGGAAUCACAUCUUGUUACAGGGCGUCUAGAGGAAAACCCGGGCACUGGGCUAUUAAAUGUGAAGGAAGAGGAUGAGACAGAUGACAUGAAUAGUCAUCAGACUGUAAUACAUUGCUCCCUCCCUGCCGAUAAAGAUAACACUGAUAUAGUGAAAGCUGAGAUAACAGAAGAUCUGUGUGAUCAGGUGAAGACUGAGGAGGAUGAACUUCCUAUAAAUACGGCUACAGGAUAUGUCCAUGUGAAUAAUUUCCUUGUUACAAAGACUGAGUUGAAUGAGGAGCCAUAUGUGUACAGUUUUCCAGAUGCCAAUGGUAAAUUCAGAGACUGUGAUAAUCCUUGUCAUGGCAAGAAGGCAGAUGUUUCUUUCAGUCUUACUCAAAAUCAAAGAAAUGCUGGAAAUAUAUGUUCUGAAUAUGGGAAAUCUUUAACCCAGCAAACAAGUUUAAUUGCACAUCAGACAAUUCAUAUAGACAAGAAAACAUUUUCAUGUUCUGAAUUUAGGAAAUGUUUUACUCAGAAACCGCAUCUUAGUACUCGACAGAAAAUUAAUUCAGGAGAGAAACGAUUUUCAUGUUCUGAAUGUGGAAAAUGUUUUACUCAGAAAUCGCAUCUUAUUACUCAUCAGAAAACCCAUACAGGAGAGAAAGAAUUUUCAUGUUCUGAAUGUGGAAAAUGUUUUUCUCUGAAAUCACUUCUUAUUAGGCAUCAGGCAUUUCAUACAGGAGAGAAACCAUUCUCAUGUUCUGAAUGUAAGAAAAGUUUUACUUGCAAAUCAUAUCUUAUUACUCAUCAAAAAAUCCAUACAGGCGUAAAAACAUUUUCAUGUUCUGAAUGUCAGAAAGAUUUUACUCAGAAAUCACAGCUAAUUAAUCACCAGAAAAGUCAUACAGGAGAGAAAGCAUUUUCAUGUCCUGAAUGUGAGAAAAGUUUUACUCGGAAAUCAAAUCUUAUUAUUCAUCAGAAAACUCAUACAGGAGAGAAAGAAUUUUCAUGUUCUGAAUGUGAAAAAUGUUUUUCUCUGAAAUCAACUCUUAUUAAUCAUCAAAAGAUUCAUACAGGAGAGAAAGCAUUUUCAUGUUCUCAUUGUGGAAAAUGUUUUACUCACAAAUCAAGUCUUGUAACUCAUGAGAAAAUUCAUACAAGAGAGAAAGCUUUUUCAUGUUCUCAGUGUGGAAAAUGUUUUUCUCUGAAAUCGCUACUUACUGUACAUCAGACAACUCAUACAGGAGAGAAACCAUUUUCAUGCUCUGAAUGUGGGAAAUGUUUUAAUCAAAAACCAAAUCUUAUUACUCAUCAGAAACUUCAUACAGGAGAGAAAAGAUUUUUAUGUUCAGAAUGUGGAAAAUGUUUUACCCUGAAAUCAACUCUUAUUACUCAUCAAAAAAUCCAUACAGAAGAGCAAGCAUUUAUAUGUUCUGAAUGUGGGGAAUAUUUUGCUCGGCAAUCACUUCUUAUUAGACAUCAGGCAUUUCAUACAGGAGAGAAUCCAUUCUCAUGUUCUGAAUGUGGGAAAUGUUUUACUCGGAAAUCAUAUCUUAUUACUCAUCAGAAAAUUCAUACAGGUGAAAAAGCAUUUUCAUGUUUUGAAUGUGAAAAAUGUUUUACUCAGAAAUCACAUCUUAUUACUCAUCAGAAAAUUCAUACAGGAGAGAAGGCAUUUUCAUGUUCUGAAUGCGAGAAAUGUUUUACACGGAAAUCAAAUCUUAUUAUUCACCUGAAAAUUCAUACAGGAAAUAAUACUGAUCUACAGAAUGUGAGUGUUUAGAAUUAUGUAUACUUCAGAGAACCCAUUAAUUACUUAAAGGUACAUGAAACCCAACAUUUUACUCAUGAUUUAGAUAUAGAAAAUAACAUUUCAACUUUUUAUUUCUGUUAUCUAAUUUUGCUUCAUUCUCUUGGAAUUCUUUGUUGAACAAACAACAUUGCACAUGGAUAAGCCGACAAUAUGAGGCAUGUAUGUUCAUCCACCAAUCUGCAGCUCCUAGGCCUAUCUAGGUAUGCUUUUCAAUAAAGAAUACCAAGAGAAUGAAAGAUAUUGGAUAAUAGAUGUACAUUAGAAAGUUGCUUAAAAUGACAUGCUCAUUCUGAAACAUAAAUGACAAAUUUGGGUUUCAUAUCCUUUUAAGCCCCGUAAGUUUUUGCACCCCCUGAUAGUGAGCAUAGCACAAAGAGGAGUGCUCUCAGGUCAGAAAAACAAUGUCAAAUUCCAUAGAUGGUAGUCACUAUUCAAGCUAAUCAAGUGCAAACUGCUGGCUGUCUACAGGCUGUUGAUUGUUAACUGAGCCUUGAGGCUACAUUUCUGGACAUUUUAAUUGCCUGGUGCCUAUGACGUUAUUUUACUGUUGAUGAUGGCAGAUCAGAAGUACUAAUAUAUACUAGUACGUUUCUUUAACUUCUUCAGUAUAUGUGUUACGUCAGUAUCACUGGUUUAAAUGAUUUUUAGUAACUGUUUCUGAGUAUUCUAAACUGUCUUUGAUUUGGGACUCUGAACUACAUACCCUGCCUACUAAAGUGGGGCUGAAGAUCUGAGCAAGUGCUACAUCUUUGUGCCUCUUAUGUUUAUCACUUGCAAACACUGUGGGGGACUUUAAAAAUUCCUGGGAUAAGCAUAAGGCUAUCCUACAAACUAGAUACGUUUAUACUUUUAGGAAAUAUCGGACAGACUUGCUGGGCCUAUGGCUCUUAUCUGCUGUAAAUUUCUAUGUUUCUUUUUUUAUACUACUUUAUCUGUUAAUAUUUUUGUUAUUAGUUAAGCAAUAAGUUAGUUAAGCAAGCAAUAUUUUGUUACUGUUAUAAAUGCUCAAUUUCUAAAUAAAAACUAAUUUUUAAAUCUCAUAGAAA